CCCGCGCCGCCAGCCCCAGCCCCUCUCGGGGGUCCGCCCACGGCCUGUCCUUCCUGCUGCAGAUCGGGCUGACCAGGGAGACGGUGAGCCUGGAGCCCGGGGAGCUCUCCCUGGGCGCCGUCAUGGAGCUGGUGUGCUCCGUCGUGGACCAGAAGUUCCCCGAGUGCGGCUUCUUCGGGAUGUUCAACAAGAUCCUCCUCUUCCGCCACGACCUGAGCUCUGACAACAUCCUGCAGCGCGUGGGCGCCGCCCAGGACAUCCAGGAGGGCGACCUGGUGGAGGUGGUGCUCUCCGCGCUGGCCACGGUGGAGGACUUCCAGAUCCGCCCCCACGCGCUCUAUGUCCACUCCUACAAGGCCCCGGCCUUCUGCGACCACUGCGGGGAGAUGCUCUGGGGCCUGGUGCGACAGGGCCUCAAGUGUGAAGGCUGCGGGCUGAACUUCCACAAGCGCUGCGCCUUCAAGAUCCCCAACAACUGCAGCGGCGUCCGCAAGCGCCGUCUGUCCACCGCCUCGCAGACCGCCGGCGUGCUCAGCCUCCCCCGGCCCUCCCUCAGCGCCGAGUUCACCCCCCCUGCCCCGGAAGAGCGCCCCCUGCUGGCGGCGGGGAAGAGGAACUCCCUGCUGAGUGGCCGGCCCAUCUGGAUGGAGAAGAUGGUUCUGGGCCGCGUCAAGGUGCCGCACACCUUCUCCGUACACUCCUACACCCGGCCCACCGUCUGCCAGUACUGCAAGAGACUGCUGAAGGGCCUGUUCAGACAGGGCCUGCAGUGCCGAGACUGUAAGUUCAACUGCCACAAGAGAUGUGCGGCCAAGACCCCGCGGGACUGCCUGGGCGAGGUGGACUUCAACGGAGAGCCCACCAGCCCCAGCCCCGACCCCCUGGAGCGGGGGUCCCUGGACCGGGGGUCCCUGGACCCCGGCAUGGAGGUGGACUCGGGGGACGCGGGCAGCGAGGGGGGCCGCAGCGCCGAGGACCAGGACGAGGUCGGGGGUCUGGAGGACAAGAUGUUCGACAUGGAGGGGCCGAGCGCUGAGGGGGACCGGGACGAUGACACGCUGAGGGCCAUCAGCCCCUCCACCAACACCAACAUCCCCCUGAUGCGGGUGGUCCAGUCCAUCAAGCACACCAAGAGGAGGAGCUCCACCGUGGUGAAGGAGGGCUGGAUGGUGCACUGUAGCAGCCGAGACCCCCUGAGGAAGAGGCACUACUGGCGUCUGGACAGCAAGUGUCUGACGCUCUUCCAGAACGAGAACGCAGCCAAGUACUACAAGGAGAUCCCGCUGUCGGAGAUCCUGCAGGUGGAGCGGGUCCAGGAGGGGGCCUGUCUCCCCCAGAGCCCCACCGGGGGGCCCCCGGGGGCCAGCCUCCCCCGGAGCCCCUCUGGGCCCCUGGGGGGCGGCCUCCAGCAGAGCCUCACCGUUCCCCAGGGAGCCAACCUCGUCCAGGGCCCCGCCGGGCCCCCGGGGGCCAGCCUCACCCGGAGCCCCAGCCUCACACUGCCCCCGGGGGCCAGCCUCACCCGGAGCCCCUCCGGGCCCCCCCAGGGCCUCACCCUCCCGCAUGGAGCCGCCCCCCCCCAGGGCCCGACCAAUCCCCACUGUUUCCUGAUCGUGACCUCCAGCGUGGUGUACUACGUGGGGGAGAACCCGGGCCGCCUCCCCCCGGGGCUGGCGGCGGCGGGGGUGGGCCUGGAGGCCGCCCAGGGCUGGGAGAAGGCCAUCCGCCAGGCCCUGAUGCCCGUCACCCCCCAGCCCAGCCUGGGGGGGGCCCCGGGCCAGAGCCGGGACCAUAAGGACCUGUCCAUGAGCAUCUCCGUGUCCAACUCCCAGAUCCAGGAGAACGUGGACAUCAGCUCGGUGUACCAGAUCUUUGCAGACGAGGUCUUGGGUUCCGGACAGUUUGGGAUCGUCUACGGUGGCAAGCACAGGAAGACGGGCCGCGACGUGGCCAUCAAGAUCAUCGAUAAGAUGAGGUUCCCCACCAAGCAGGAGAGCCAGCUGAGGAACGAGGUGGCCAUCCUGCAGAACCUGCACCACCCCGGCGUGGUGAACCUGGAGAACAUGUUUGAGACCGUGGAGCGGGUGUUUGUGGUGAUGGAGAAGCUCCACGGAGACAUGCUGGAGAUGAUCCUGUCCAGCGAGAGGAGCCGGCUGCCAGAACGCCUCACCAAGUUCCUUGUGACGCAGAUCCUGGUGGCCCUGCGACACCUGCACCUCAAGAACGUGGUCCACUGUGACCUGAAGCCGGAGAACGUUCUGCUGGCCUCCGCAGAACCCUUCCCCCAGGUGAAGCUGUGCGACUUCGGCUUCGCCCGCAUCAUCGGGGAGAAGUCGUUCCGGCGCUCGGUGGUGGGGACCCCCGCCUACCUGGCCCCGGAGGUGCUGCGCUCCAAGGGUUACAACCGCUCGCUGGACAUGUGGUCGGUGGGCGUCAUCGUGUACGUCAGCCUCAGCGGGACCUUCCCCUUCAACGAGGAGGAGGACAUCAACGACCAGAUCCACAACGCCGCUUUCAUGUACCCGCCCAACCCCUGGAAGGACAUCUCCGGGGACGCCACCGACCUCAUCACCAACCUGCUGCAGGUGAAGAUGAGGAAGCGCUACAGCGUGGAGAAGGCCCUCAGCCACCCCUGGCUCCAGGACUACCAGACGUGGCUGGACCUGCGCGGGUUCGAGACGCGGCGCGGUGAGCGCUACAUCACCCACGAGAGCGACGACGCCCGGUGGGAGGAGCACGCCGACGCCCGCGGCCUGCCCGCGCCCAAGCACUUCAUCAUGGCGCCCAACCACGACCGCAUGCUGGAGGGCCACUCCGACUAG